UGCAUAGUUAGUGGUUGAUGCUUAGGUUGAAUUGCAUGAUGUUCUUGCAUGUUCAUUUGGUUAGAAUUCUCCCAUAUUAUUGUUGACCUUGUAAGUUACUUAUGAUACACUACCUAAGAUCAUGGUUGAUUGAUGAUUGCUAGUGUUCAUUAAGUUGUAUGAUUGUGAGCAGCGUUUGCUUGAGGACAAGCAAAGUUCCAGUGCGGGGUAUUUUUUUAUGACAAUCUAUUUAUAAUGUUUAUUUAUCAUUUUUUAUCAUUCCAUAUUUGAUACAUUUUCCCUUCUAUUAACACUUCUUUAACACAUUCUCUUAUAUUGCAUACCGAAAUCAUAACUAUUUGAUCAAUGGGCAUUCAAUAUACUAGGGUUGUGUUUUUGUACUUUUUUAUGCCUUCUUGGUAUUUUUUUUAUGAUUUUCAAGGUACAAAGCAACCUAGAAGGAUUUUGAUCAAGCAUUGGAUAACUCCGGAGGACCAAAGGAGCUAUGAAGAGAAGAAUAUAAAACUUUCAUGAUAAAGACAAGAUUCAAUGACGGAGAAGCCUACUAGUAACCACAAGUAGAGCCCAAGAGAAGCUCAAUGGAGGAAAACUCGGCCAAAGAAAAAGCAGAAAUUAGUGGUGGCCCAGCGAUGUUAUAAAUAGCUAUGCUUCGACCCCAAGUCAAAGAAAUCGUGUCCUAAUAGAGUUAGGAAGGUUUUGGUCAAAUUUUACCACUAUAAAUAGAUGAUUAUGUUUAUUAGUUCUAUAGGUUGCACAUUCUAUUCAAAACUUAUGUAGACACUCUGUUCGAGUGAAAGCUUAGCACUCCUACGGGAAGGCACACCUAAGGAGAUGUCUUCAUCAUUGAUGGUGGUACCCUCAUUUUCUUCUAUAUAUAGCUAGUUCGAAAUUGAUUGUAUAAGAAUGUGAACUUUUUUAUCUUAGUAUAUAUUGAUGCUAUGAUUUUAUAUGAUGCUUGUGUUUAUGCUGUGAGUUUUGAUGUUAUUGAUGUAUGCAUGGAUGCUUUUAGUUGCGAUGUCUAUGUGAUGAUAAUUGAUGUUUACCUAGUAUGAAUGCUUUGUUAUCAUCGAUGCUUAUGACUCUAUAGUAUGCUACUAUAUGCAUUGUGCUUAGUAUCAUCCAGGUUGUAAAGAAAUUACCCACUAGUGAUACCUCAUUGAUGCUAUAUGAGUAUAGAGGGAAUGAUCAACCAUCUAUACCUUGAGUAUUAUCAAUGAUUGAUUGUCAUAUCAUUGACGCUAUAGACCAUCAAUUAUGGAUCAUGAUGCAAUCCCAGAUGGCAUCAUAUUCGAGCCAGAAUUAUUAGACGAAUAAGCUAUCGAAGUUGGAAAGAAUAAAGGCAGAAUUUGGUUAAGUCAAAAUCCGAGUUCAUGGUACCUACUUUGGAAGCUUAUAUUUCACAAAUGGCUCAAUGAAAAUUGGAGAUCAAUGGUUUUUCUUGAAGAUAAAGUUUUCAUCUUUCCAAUGGUAUACUUUUUGCAUCCAGAAGAUGUCAUUAAGGUUGUUUUCCAAGGCCUCAAAGUUGCUACCUCAAAACGUGUUUGUGAAGCCUACUUUUGAGCUUAAUUCGAGGAGCAUGGAAGGGAGGGAUUCAAGUCCAAAGGCUUCUACAACAUGAAACUAGGUAUGUUUGUGAACAAAGAAAAGUACUUGGAUGAAGAAUUGGAGUUCUGGAAGGCCUCGAACAAAAGGCGCGAAGUGAGUACGCAAGCUGCUUUUAGAUUGUUUGCUUGCAGCUUACUUGUGCUUCAAGAAAUGAAGUUUGGAUCCGAAUUGUGUAACCUUUUUAGAGUAGAAGUUUACCUUAUUUGCUUCCUUGUUCAUUUAGGUUUUCUUGGCUAUAAAUAGCCUUCUAUUUUCGUUGUAAAAACUUAGACUUUGAUUAAUCGAAAAAGAAACCCUUUGGUUUUGUGCAAGUUACAAACUUGUUUGAGCUUUGUAUCGAUUGAAUAUUCUCUUCAAUCAUGGUCGAGCAACUACCUUUCUACCAUACAAUCUUUCCCCAUUGGUUCCGUUUUAUUCAUUUUCCGUAUUAAGAACAUGUUGUCCAUUGGUUCCAUUGGAAUUGUCCAUUGGUUCCGUUUUAUUCACUUUCCGUAUUAAGAAUGUGUUGUUCUUGAUUCGAGUUCAAUCAAUCUUCGGAUUGAUCGUUUGUUGCGUUACUUUGAUAAAAAUACACCCCCAGGGUUGUAUCAGCUCAAGAGGCACACACUUAAUCAUGUCAUAUCCUCACUUCUCUAUUCUUCAUUGAUAAGGUGAUGGCAUGAAGCGAAAGCAUGCAUUAGCUAGUCAAGUUCCUAUUGCAUGUAGCAAAAUCUCGAGUAGGAUGGCCUUAGUGGAAGGAAUAGAGUGAUUCUAUAGAUGAGUCAUUGAUGCAUGUGAUAUGAUUAAGCAAUAGUAUGUGUGAUUAUACUCGAGUAUGCCUUCUUGUUGAAUAACAUUUCUUUACUUUUAUGCAUCUAUAACUUGAAAAUCCCCUAAACUUUACUUUUCCAUUCUUCGCUUUUCUUUGUUCAUUACUUGAAUGAAACCCCCUAAAGAAGCUCUCUAUUUCAUGUUGAGCAUAUAUGGUAUGUUGUCAUUAAUUAUACAUUAGAACAACUUGUGGAAUACUGACUCGUCCCGAAUACCACAAUUAAUUCCCGCCUAAGGUCCAAGUAUAAACCUUAGUCGGGUGCAGUACAUGACAAGUAUCUUUAAAUAUCAACCCGGGCCAGUCCGUGUACCCCUACUUCAGUCAUUCGAAUCAUUAUCUAGCAAUAAGGUUUUGGUUGAAAAGUUUGCUAAUUAAAGUAAAACCAGACAUAAGUGAAUUGUUUUGAAAGCUCUUUUGUGAGAAGGAUCACUCGGGUGUCGCUUCCCCCUAACUACUACCAUGGUAUGUGAAUUAAACGAUUGCUAUGGGUAAGGUGAUCGCGAACCGCUAGGGGAUGCAAAUAUGGUCGUAGACCACACUCACGAUUGCUAAACCAAGGAAUACAGCAUAGGAUGCCAUUCAGACCUCUUGGUUUAGGCAAUCAAUGGUUGACUUAAUCCCUCACUCAACCCAAUGGUUGGACGGCUCAAUUGUACUUAACCAAAUUGCCUAAUCCAACAUUGAGGUUUGCCCUAAAUUAACCUAGUUAGGAGACUUAAAAAGCCCUAGGACUACUUACUCAAUUGAGUCUCCCCUGGAAGGGGGGGGGGGGGGGGGUUUCCUCUCUAAUCUAGGUUAAGUGGCUAAUUAGAUUGCAAAGCACAAACAUGCACAACCCUUAGAUUGCUAAGUACAAGCAUGCACAAUCCUCAGAUUCCUAAGCACCAACAUGCACAAUCCUUAGAUUGCUAAGCACAAACAUGCACAAUCAACAUGAAUAAUACCUCAAUCAUUGAAUUAAACAACACCCAUAAACAAUCAUUCAAUUCACAUAACAGAAAACUACAUGGUAGCUAGCUAGGGUUUCACAACACCCAAGUGAAAAAGAAAUCUACUCCAUGCUAGAAAUGGGAGAAAUACAAGGGGGAGAGGUAAAAACCAUUAAGAAGGAGGUUUGCAAUCUUCUUGGCACUUGUGCUGAACUUCUCUUAGGGAGAAUCUUCCCAAAUCCACUCUCAGAGCAAAACACUAGCCUCCUUCUCCUUUGGUUCGUCUUUCUCUCUCUAAAAUCUGAAGAAGGCUUUCUCACUCAAAAUGGGCUCUCCCUUCUCUCUUCAUUUCAUCUCAUAUUUUAAACAGGGAACGAGCACAGUACACCGCCUCAGUUCACGGACGUGAAAUCUGAAACAUGUCGAUGAACUCAAGGCUGACGCCAAAAUGCACUGCUUCGCUUGCACGUGUUCACGGUCCACAGCUCCAGUUCAUGGUCUUAGUGACCGUGAACUCGCCUAGCGUCAGUAACCUCUGGAAAUGCUCUAGACGCCUCGAUGUUCACGGGCAACAGCUCUUCUUCACGGUCAUACAAGACCGUGAACAUCCAAGGAAAAUCGUGAACUCGCCGUUUUUCACCUCUUCUCCAAAUUUUCGCUCCUUUUCUUCCAACUUUCAACUCCGGGGCUGGUUUCACCUGUUAAAUCCUGAAAAAUGCUAAAACACGAGAAACCUAGCCUAAAACCACCCUUUUAGGAGAGAAAUUGCCACAAACGCCUAAGGAAAACGGGGGUAAAACAUGUACAAUUAGGCCCGAAUCACUCCCCCACACGUAGACGUUUGCUUGUCCUCAAGCAAACCAUUUCACACAAGGUACUAUUUCAACCUACAAAAAUACUUUGGGGACAACUCAAAGGACACAAAGUGGGAAUUCUAAAUGGCUAUUGGCAAUUAACUCAUGGACCGUUGCAAGCAAUACCGACAUCCACCACAAACAACAUUCGAGGCCAACAAAAGUGGGCAAAUGAAAAUUUCUCACCUUGUUCAUGGAUCAAUGCAAGUCUCAACAAGACCACUUAUCAACCACAACCCACCAUGCAUAGAAUUCAAGUCCGAGGAACAAAUGGAAAGGCAACAAAGGUCCUCACCGGGGUAUGAAGAUGUGCACAUUUUUGGGGUCGGGACCUUUUUUGUGCAAAAGAUGUGCACAUUCAUAAACACUCGACCCUAUCGCCUCAACACCAUGGCGGAAAGUUCUAAAUGCUAGAGUUCACGGAAUGGUUGUCAUCACUAGCUUGUCCAUAAGUCUUAGACACGGGUUCAGAUGACGGGCAAUUGUCUUGGACAUGGGGAAAAGGCUUUUUGGGUGGUGGCAAUCAUGACCUGAGGUUCUACAUCUUCAACUUGAGCCCGAAGGUUCUAUGGUUUCGACUAAAACCCUUCUCUUCAACCAAAGGCCACUAGCAUCGGCCAAAAACCUUAUCUCUCAUUUCCAAACUAUCACCCAUCGUGAACUACAUUGAAGCACUCUUCCUCAGCCUACUCUUGCUAUCGCGUUUCGAUUUGGUAGUGAAGGAGUUCUAAAACAAUGUGGGGGUCUCAUUGGCUUGGGUUCCAAGAAACCCCUCCCAUAGCAUACACUUUGGUUUUUCGUGGCACUCUCUACUUUAUUUACCCCAUUUUAUUACCUCUUUUUCGUUUCUCUUUUCUUUCCUUUCUUUCUCUUUUCUUUUUGAGGGGGUACUAGAGAGUAAAAACACUUGCCAGCUAUGAAAUUAAUGACCAAUGCUCUCAUUUUGAAGAACUCACUCCAACACUACACUUCAUUUUUCAUUCCUAGUAAGAACCGCACACAAACCUCCUAUGUAGAACCUCUAUGGACUCAAAAGUAAGAGCUCCGGGACACAAGGACGACUCAUGUUUAGACACGAAGAAAGGAUUGGUGGUCGUUCUAUCAACACCAUUAAGUUCACAAGCAUGAAGCUCCUAACUUAAGAACGACCCUCGAAGUCACAAGGCUCAAAGGGGUUGACUAAGAGAUAACACAUUUUGGGACAAUCAACAUUUGGGCGUGGACUAAUCUUAUGCCUCCAUCAUACUUACCUAGUGACAAAUGUGAUGUUACACACCAUGGUAAGAGGGAUCUAAGCACACAAGAAGAAAACGAUCAGUUCAAAGCUCACAUGGCUACCUAGUCACCCAAUCAUUUAUUCCAAUUCACAAACACAAUGCAUGGCAAGUUGUAGUCAACAAGUAAUCGAGUCAAGAUAUCCAUUCGUUUAUGCACACAUGAGAACUAAACUUUUUCACUAUCCUAAUGGACCUCUCAGUCAUCAUCAUAGGAUAUACUCGAUCACAUGCAACACUGAAACGCUAAAACACAACACCAUACUGCGACCAAGUGUCGCAGUCCGGAAAUGCAGUAAAGUGGCAAGGUCUAUUUAUCGACCCGGGGUCCAGAUCUACUGCCUACUCAGUGAUUAUCUAUUAUCUAGAAAACUAAUUCGAGUGAUUAUGAUUUUAAGUAAAAGUAGUAAGAAAGCAGGAAAUGGUUCAAAGUUCUUUAGCAAGGGAAGAGUCACUCGGGAAUGAGUCCCCCUAGCUCAUUAGUUAGGUCAAGUUGUAAUUACCCUGGUUUGAUUUACUGUUAAUUAAACUGCGGAAGAUCCGACAGUAGUCCGAAUCUCUUAAGCUGACCAAGCCCUCUCAGACAGACUAACUGCAAGGCGACUAGCCUUCACCGGGAUAAACUACUGAGGCAAUAAACACAGAACUCCACUACUGGAAUUGGAUUUCAGUACAAAGCAGUAAAUUGAUUAACUCUCGUAUAACCAAUCUACUACUACCGAUUGAUGAAGCUCUAACAACCUAAUCAGAUUCUAUAUAUCUCAGGUUGCAGCAGAAAUCAAGAAAAGAUGAUCAGGCUUCAAUUGACUCAAUGAAUCAUGCAUCACUCGAUUAAAAUCAAUCAGUAUAUCAAUCCAAAGUCAUUACAAUCAAGGUUCCUAACACAUGGAACUAGGGUUCUUCAUACCCAAGUGAGAGAAGGUUCUACUCCAUAGAGAGAGAGAGAGAGAGAGAGAGAGAGGAAAACAAAAAUCAAAGCAGUCAUACUCAUAAAGAUGGGGAUAAUCUGCUCUGGGAUGUCGAUCUUCACUCCUGGGGAUGCAAUUUUCGCUUCAGUGGUGAGAAAUCCACUCCAAAUAGCUCCUAGGGUUUAUUCUUCGCACUUCUUCUCUCUAAAGCUCUGUUUUUUGCUCAAAUACUCGAUUCCCUCUCCUUUGGCUCGAAUCUACCCCAAAAACCCAAUUCUGGGCGAAAUACGGGCUGAAUUACGGUCGUAAACAUGGUCUGCCCGUAUUUCACCCAAAACGCGCGUUUCACUUAACACUGAUGAGGGGAAUUACAAUCGUCAUUACCCAAUUACUGCCAGUAUUUGUGGAAUUACGACCGUAAUUCAUUUUUCUCUUGCCCGUAUUUUGAUCUUCGACGGACAUUCUCAAGCAUUUUGGCUCGGCAUUCGAAUUAUGGUCAGAGCAAAGGCAAUUACGCCGGUAAUUGUGCAGGGGAUGCCCGUAUUUUGAACCUUGAAUCGCCAACUGACCUCCAAAUGACCUGAAACUUGCGCCUAUGCAUCCCUUUACUCGCUAGGACCUGAGGUAUGACAAAACAACACAACCUAGCGUAAAAUAGGCCAAGGAACCACAAAUUCGAGCUAAAAUGGUCAGGAAACAAGAGUGCAAACAUGUGCAAAUACGAUGCUAUCAAAUUCCCCCACACUUAACUGUUUGCUUGUCCCCAAGUAAACCAAGUCAUAUACAAGGUAAGUUCAAAACAUGAAACAUCCCACCUCUUUGAAUUUGGAAAAAGACAUUUCUACCCCGGGGUAUAAUUAAAAAUUCUCAAAUAACACAAGUUUAAAUAAAAUACCAACUCAAAUAUCUUAACAUCUCACGUGUUUAGGGCUUCGAUUUGAGAUGCCCUAAACACGUGGGCAAAACUCAAAUUGUCCAAAAGAAAUGAAUCUCCAAUCUUAAACUCUUAACCAUAAAGUCUUAAUAACUUGAAAGAAGUUCUCCGAUGCUUACUAUGACGCCUCACUCGACAUCUCUCAGCAGCGUCGGUGCUGUGCUCCCCUAGCUUGCUGAUCACGAACUGGCUGGUUAGGAUUUCCUCCUCUACGAUCUGGUGAGUGAGUUGGGGUCAGUCUACGCCCUUACGAUUUAAAUCUCUAAUAUUUCUUACUUAAGAACUUAACUUAAAUUGGUGGAUGAUUCUUCCACCCUCCAAGAUUUUACUCUUAAAACUCAAAUCUCAACUUAAAAUUGACUGACACUGGGAUCCCUCACUAGCUAGUCCGGUUGCCAACUCAUACGUAUGAGAAGCCAUUCAGGCUUUCCUUAAACUUAAACUUAGUUAGGGAAGUCGUAACGAUUCAUUCCCCUAACAUCUUAAAUGUAUCGUGGUGGUUCUUCACCCCGAUUCUCAAGGGCAUAACUGCUGCCCAUCUUAAAAGUCUCAAGAGCAUAACUGCUGCUCUAUCUCAAAAUGUCUCAAAGGCAACGGACUGGCGCUAGUGACUAAACACACUUAAAACGACUUCACCUUCUUGAAGGUGAGUUACUUCUUAAAAAGAACUUGUUUCUUAACUUUAACAGUAACUUAUAAACUUAAAGCUUAAAU